AUGGUGCUGGGCAGCGUACUAGCGAAAGUGCAGGCUAAUCGCGCGCCUCUUUUUACCGACAUGGAUAGAAACGGUCGUUUCGUUGGGCCACCACAGGUUCAGCCCAGCCCAGCCCAGCAGCAGCACACGGACGCACCGAUCCAAGACCCUUCUUCCCCUCCCCCCGCGCCGCCACCGUCGUCGCCGUUUGUCCGUUGCAUCCCACUCCUCCUGCCCCGCGCCGCCGCCUCCUCCGCCUCUCCGCUCCGAUUCAUCUUCCAGCCAGCCAGCCAGGUCAGGCAACUACACCUUCCCACCCACGCCGCGUCGGUCCGCAGGGGGAAGGAACCCAAAUCCCUCAUUCGCAGCCACGGUGGUCCGCCCUUUCUUCUUCCCCACGACACCCCGCCCCCCGCCGCUGACGGCGAAAUGGCGUCCCGCAUCGCCUCUCGCCUCCUCCGCCGCCACGGCCCCCAGCAGCACCGAGUUGAGUUGUUAGAGAUGGCGGGAGGAUUCAGCGCCCUGGGGCCCAAGACCAAGAACUUGGUGGUGGCGGGCGGGCUGACGGGGUUUGUCUUGGGCGUGUACUACUACACGAUGCAUGCGGUGGGUGGCACGGACGAGCUCCAGGUCGCCAUCGACAAGUUUGAGGACCUGAAGAAGAAGGACGCCGCCGAAUCCGCCGCCGCUGCGACAAAGCCCUCUGCCACAGGAUCGUCAUAAAAUGCUGCUAUAGUUCCCCCCCUCUGUAGUAGUCUGUAGCCAGCUUUGUAUCUAGAGAAAUUAUUACUGCCUCAUAAGCUACCCAGGAACCAUGCUUUGAUACGAUGAAGAACAGUGACAGUGGGUCGCAGUGUCAGACGGAGAUGGAAGCUUGGGUUUCAAAACUGAUGUAUUCUGGAAAAAAAACGUUUUGGUGUGCUGGCUGAUUGUUGGUGGCAGAAAUUUGCUGUUCCCUUGAUA